GAAGCCUUCAACGUUCAGCUGAGACGCCAGAUCGAGAACGACGUGUCCACCAUCAGAAGCAUCAACAUGAAGCUGGACGGUGUGGUGGUAGACCUGAGCAAGGGUUCCAUCACCGUCAACGGAGAAACGGUCACGGUGCCGACGUUUGGAUCCAGAGUCAGCAUAGAGAAGCUCGGCUCCUACAUCAUCAUCAAAGCUACACUGGGUCUAACCGCCAUGUGGAACCAAGAUGAUUCUUUCACGGUUGAACUAAAUGCAAAGUUCCAGAAUCAGACGUGCGGUCUGUGUGGGGAUUUCAACGGCAUCUCAGAUAAUGAAUUCCAGAAAGAUGGGGCGGAUCUUCAUCCUCAUGAAUACGCAAGUCUGUGGAAGAUGGACGGACCUACAGAGAGCUGUGGGGAACAGCCGGUGGCGGAGAAUGAAAACCCCUGUGAUGCUGAGAACUUAAACAAAUGCAUGGAAAUGUUCCAGAGCGAGAAGUUCCUCAACUGCAGCAGCCUGGUCACAUACCAACCCUUCGUCAGCUCGUGUGUGGACGAUAUGUGCAGAUGUGACAACAGCGACAAGAUGGCGUGUCUGUGUAAAACCAUCACUGAAUACUCUCACCAGUGCACCCACGCCGGGGGCAAACCACAAAACUGGAGGAACGAAACCUACUGCCCCAUGUCCUGUAAAAACAACAUGAAGUUUAUGGAGUGUGGAAGUCCGUGUAUGGAUACCUGUUCGAACCCUGAGAGAGGGCAGGUGUGUGCUGAUCACUGUACAGACGGCUGCUUCUGCCCUGAAGGCACGGUGUUGGACGAUGUGAAGAAUUCGGGGUGUAUUCCUCUCAGUGAGUGUUCGUGUGUUCACGGAGGGGAAGUGUACCCGUCUGGAGGGAGUUACACGACCAGCUGCCGGGACUGUACUUGUUCUGGAGGACAGUGGACAUGUGUGGAUAAGAACUGCGCCGGUACCUGUUCAGUUUUAGGAGGAUCUCACUUCCUGACCUUCGAUAAAAAGUCCUACACAUACCACGGCGAUUGCACCUACGUCCUGGCAAAGGAGUGCACGGGUGUAGAUUUCAUUAUUCUGGGUGAUCUGCUGAAAUGUGGACUGACAGACACGGAGACGUGCUUGAAAUCAGUGACCCUCGCUCUAUCCAACGGCACUAAUGUUAUCAAAGUGGAUUCCAAUGGAAUUGUUGAUAUAAACAGGAUGUUCACACAACUUCCACUCUUUACAGCUGAGGUGAGCAUCUUCAGACCGUCCACCUUCUACAUCAUCAUCCAGGCUCUCUCAUCCAAACUCCGGUUGGAGAUCCAGCUCGUUCCCAUCAUGCAGGUUUUCAUCAUCCUGGAUCCAGUGUUCCAGGGACAGACAUGUGGACUGUGCGGUAAUUUCAACAACGUUCAGCUGGAUGAUUUCACCACGGCCAGCGGGAUCAGAGAAGGAACAGCGGUGGAUUUUGCCAACACGUGGAUAACCAAAGCGGUGUGUCCUGUCAUCCAGAGGAGCUUCGAGAACCCGUGCAGUCUGAGCACUGAAAACGAGAAAUAUGCUCUGUACUGGUGCUCCGAGCUGUCAGAUCCAACUGGAGUUUUUGCUCCCUGCCAUCAAGAAGUCAGUCCUGAAACCUACAAAACUAACUGCAUUUACGAUACAUGUAACUGUCAGAGGUCGGAGGACUGCAUGUGCUCGGCUCUGUCGUCGUACGUGCACGCCUGCGCCGCCAAAGGAAUUCAGCUGACCGACUGGAGAGAAUUCGCCUGCAAAAACUACACAACUUGCCCCUCCUCGCUGGUUUACUCCUAUCAGAUGACCAGUUGCGACCGUACCUGCCGCUCCAUCAGUCAGACGGACUACACCUGCAAGACGGACUUCGGCCCGGUGGACGGCUGCGGCUGCGAGUCUGGCACCUACAUGAACGAGAACGGGAUGUGCGUCCCGCCCAGCAGCUGCCCGUGUUACGAAUCGAACAUGCUCAUCCAGCCUGAGGAGGUCAUCAGCAAGGACGGCAUGACAUGCACAUGCAAGAAUGGCAAGCUGAGCUGUUUUGGCAGCCCGAAGGUGCAGGAAUGCACGGCACCAAUGACGUACUUCAACUGCUCCGCUGCGGCUCCUGGAAGCAAAGGGUCCGAGUGUCAGAAAAGCUGUCAGACCCUUGACAUGGCCUGUAUCAGCGUGGAGUGUGUGUCUGGGUGCAUGUGCCCCGCUGGACUGGUGUCCGACGGAAACGGCAACUGCAUCACCGAGGAUCUUUGCGAGUGCGUCCACAACGGAGAAUUCUACAAACCAGGCCAGACCAUUCAGGAGAGCUGCAACACCUGCACGUGUAAGAACAGAAAAUGGGAAUGCACCACUAAGCAGUGCAGCGGGAAAUGCACCGUGUACGGAGACGGACAUUACAUCACCUUCGACGAGAAGCGAUACGUGUUUAACGGAAACUGUGAAUACACCCUCGCUCAGGACUUCUGCGGCGGCAACAACGGCACCUUCCGCGUCAUCACUGAGAACGUUCCCUGUGGAACGGCUGGAACCACCUGCUCCAAGUCCAUCAAGUUCUUCAUCGGAAACAACGAGCUGAUCCUGACUGAUGGGACACACCAACUGGUCCAGAGAGACAACGGAGAAGAAAUCCCGUACCAGAUCCGCAGCAUGGGCAACUACCUGGUGGUGGAGACCCACAACGGUGUGAUGCUAGUAUGGGACAAGAAAACCACCAUCUACAUCAUAAUCAAGCCAGAAUUUAACAGCCGCGUGUGUGGUCUUUGUGGAAACUUCGAUGGCAACGGCAAUAACGACUUCACCACCAGAACCCAGGAACUCGUCAUCAGUCCUCUGGAUUUCGGAAACAGCUGGAAAGGUUCUGCUUCCUGCCCGGAGGCGCUGGUCACCGAAGAGCCGUGCGCUCACAAUCCGUACCGAGAGGCCUGGGCACAGAAACAGUGCAGCAUUAUUAACAGUGCCAAGUUUGCUUCCUGCCACUCACAGGUGGACCCGGUGCCAUAUUACACAUCUUGUGUUAGAGAUGCUUGUGCUUGUGAUUCUGGAGGAGAUUGUGAAUGUUUCUGUACGGCUGUAUCUGCCUAUGCUGCGGCCUGUAACUCUGCUGGAAUCUGUAUCGCCUGGAGAACCCCGAAAAUCUGCCCACUGUUCUGUGACUACUACAACACUCCUGGCGAGUGCGAGUGGCACUACAAACCCUGUGGUAACACGUGUAUGAAGACCUGUAGGAACCCAACAGGCAAAUGCACCAUGCAGACUCCACCGCUGGAAGGUUGCUAUCCUCAAUGCCCACCUGACCUGCCCUUGUUCGAUGAAGACAGUAUGAGCUGUGUGGCACAGGACCAGUGUGGCUGCUACUCUGAAAUGACCCAUUAUGAGAUUGGGCAGAACAUCCCAACUAAUGACAACUGUGAAACAUGUAAUUGCACAGCGAUGGGAGUCACCUGCGUAUAUAAUGUGAAGGCUUGUACCUGCGUGUAUAACAGCACCAUGUAUAAGUACGGAGACAUCAUUUACUAUACGACCGAUGGACUUGGAGACUGCAUAACUGCUAUGUGCUCUGAGAAUGGAAACAUCACCAGGAAAAUGGAACCUUGUGCAACCACAGCUGCUCCAACGACAGCACCAUGGACUACAACACCAAUGCCUACGACUGUGUUUGUGUUCUCCACACCGGAAACGACAACACCAACCAAGCCAAGAACAACCUACAUGUCCAGUACAACCUAUAAGCCAACGGCAACAACAAUUAUUGCACCGAUCACAAAGACUCCUACCACACUCACUGGUGGACUAACCACAGAAACAGGGCAAACAUCAGUGGCUUCAACAGCAGUGAGCGAGCCUCAAACAACACAGGGUAAAGAGACCACAAUUCCAACAGAGGAAACAACACUGUCGACCAUGCCACCAACAGAGAGCACAACUCAAUCACCUACAACUCCUGGUAAACAGACCACUCCUGUACCAGAGGUAACAACACUGACAACAAAACCAAUUCCAGAAUUCACUACUAUUCCAGUUGUAGUGACCACCAGUCUGCUUACAACACCUGCUGGUGAGACAACACCUUCACCAGAAGAAACAACGUUGCCAACCUCAACUUCUUCAGGCACAACUCCCCUGGCACCUGAAGAAACAACCACCCAAGCAAAAACAACUCCUGGCCAAGAGACCACACAGCCACAAGAGGUAACAACACUGACAACCAAACCUGGUCCAAAGGUUUCAACAAUUCCACAAGAAGUGUCCACCACUCAGGCUUCUACGCCUGUUACCACGGUGACUACAGUUCCAUCGGAAGUAACAACAUUGCCAACCGAAACUCCUUCUGUCACAACUACCCUGGCACCUGAAGGAACAACCGCUCAGGCACCUACAACUCCUGGUAAAGAGACCACUCUUGCACCAGAGGUAACAACACUGACAACAAAACCAACUCCAGAAUACACUACUAUGCCAGUUGAAGUGACCACCAGUCAGCUGCUUACAUCACCUGCUGGGGAGACCACAGUUUCACCAGAAGAAACAACAACCGAAACUCCUUCAGGCACAACUCCCCUGGCACCUGAAAGAACAACCACCCAAGCAAACACAACUCCUGGUAAAGAGACCACAGAGCCACAAGCGGAAACAACACUGACAACCAAACCUGUUCCAAACGUUACAACAAUGCCAUCAGAGGUUACCACCGCUCAGCUCACUACAGUUUCUACUGAAGAGACAACACCUUCACCAGAAGAAACGACGUUGCCAACCUCAACUCCUUCAGGCACAACUCCCCUGGCACCUGAAGAAACAACCACCCAAGCACAAACAACUCCUGGCCAAGAGACCACACAGCCACAAGAGGUAACAACACUGACAACCAAACCUGGUCCAAAGGUUUCGACAAUUCCACAAGAAGUGUCCACCACUCAGGCUUCUACGCCUGUUACCACGGUGACUACAGUUCCAUCGGAAGUAACAACAUUGCCAACCGAAACUCCUUCUGUCACAACUACCCUGGCACCUGAAGGAACAACCGCUCAGGCACCUACAACUCCUGGUAAAGAGACCACUCUUGCACCAGAGGUAACAACACUGACAACAAAACCAACUCCAGAAUACACUACUAUGCCAGUUGUAGUGACCACCAGUCAGCUGCUUACAUCACCUGCUGGGGAGACCACAGUUUCACCAGAAGAAACAACAACCGAAACUCCUUCAGGCACAACUCCCCUGGCACCUGAAAGAACAACCACCCAAGCAAACACAACUCCUGGUAAAGAGACCACAGAGCCACAAGCGGAAACAACACUGACAACCAAACCUGUUCCAAACGUUACAACAAUGCCAUCAGAGGUUACCACCGCUCAGCUCACUACAGUUUCUACUGAAGAGACAACACCUUCACCAGAAGAAACGACGUUGCCAACCUCAACUCCUUCAGGCACAACUCCCCUGGCACCUGAAGAAACAACCACCCAAGCAAAAACAACUCCUGGCCAAGAGACCACACAGCCACAAGAGGUAACAACACUGACAACCAAACCUGGUCCAAAGGUUUCGACAAUUCCACAAGAAGUGUCCACCACUCAGGCUUCUACGCCUGUUACCACGGUGACUACAGUUCCAUCGGAAGUAACAACAUUGCCAACCGAAACUCCUUCUGUCACAACUACCCUGGCACCUGAAGGAACAACCGCUCAGGCACCUACAACUCCUGGUAAAGAGACCACUCUUGCACCAGAGGUAACAACACUGACAACAAAACCAACUCCAGAAUACACUACUAUGCCAGUUGUAGUGACCACCAGUCAGCUGCUUACAUCACCUGCUGGGGAGACCACAGUUUCACCAGAAGAAACAACAACCGAAACUCCUUCAGGCACAACUCCCCUGGCACCUGAAAGAACAACCACCCAAGCAAACACAACUCCUGGUAAAGAGACCACAGAGCCACAAGCGGAAACAACACUGACAACCAAACCUGUUCCAAACGUUACAACAAUGCCAUCAGAGGUUACCACCGCUCAGCUCACUACAGUUUCUACUGAAGAGACAACACCUUCACCAGAAGAAACGACGUUGCCAACCUCAACUCCUUCAGGCACAACUCCCCUGGCACCUGAAGAAACAACCACCCAAGCAAAAACAACUCCUGGCCAAGAGACCACACAGCCACAAGAGGUAACAACACUGACAACCAAACCUGGUCCAAAGGUUUCGACAAUUCCACAAGAAGUGUCCACCACUCAGGCUUCUACGCCUGUUACCACGGUGACUACAGUUCCAUCGGAAGUAACAACAUUGCCAACCGAAACUCCUUCUGUCACAACUACCCUGGCACCUGAAGGAACAACCGCUCAGGCACCUACAACUCCUGGUAAAGAGACCACUCUUGCACCAGAGGUAACAACACUGACAACAAAACCAACUCCAGAAUACACUACUAUGCCAGUUGUAGUGACCACCAGUCAGCUGCUUACAUCACCUGCUGGGGAGACCACAGUUUCACCAGAAGAAACAACAACCGAAACUCCUUCAGGCACAACUCCCCUGGCACCUGAAAGAACAACCACCCAAGCAAACACAACUCCUGGUAAAGAGACCACAGAGCCACAAGCGGAAACAACACUGACAACCAAACCUGUUCCAAACGUUACAACAAUGCCAUCAGAGGUUACCACCGCUCAGCUCACUACAGUUUCUACUGAAGAGACAACACCUUCACCAGAAGAAACGACGUUGCCAACCUCAACUCCUUCAGGCACAACUCCCCUGGCACCUGAAGAAACAACCACCCAAGCAAAAACAACUCCUGGCCAAGAGACCACACAGCCACAAGAGGUAACAACACUGACAACCAAACCUGGUCCAAAGGUUUCGACAAUUCCACAAGAAGUGUCCACCACUCAGGCUUCUACGCCUGUUACCACGGUGACUACAGUUCCAUCGGAAGUAACAACAUUGCCAACCGAAACUCCUUCUGUCACAACUACCCUGGCACCUGAAGGAACAACCGCUCAGGCACCUACAACUCCUGGUAAAGAGACCACUCUUGCACCAGAGGUAACAACACUGACAACAAAACCAACUCCAGAAUACACUACUAUGCCAGUUGUAGUGACCACCAGUCAGCUGCUUACAUCACCUGCUGGGGAGACCACAGUUUCACCAGAAGAAACAACAACCGAAACUCCUUCAGGCACAACUCCCCUGGCACCUGAAAGAACAACCACCCAAGCAAACACAACUCCUGGUAAAGAGACCACAGAGCCACAAGCGGAAACAACACUGACAACCAAACCUGUUCCAAACGUUACAACAAUGCCAUCAGAGGUUACCACCGCUCAGCUCACUACAGUUUCUACUGAAGAGACAACACCUUCACCAGAAGAAACGACGUUGCCAACCUCAACUCCUUCAGGCACAACUCCCCUGGCACCUGAAGAAACAACCACCCAAGCACAAACAACUCCUGGCCAAGAGACCACACAGCCACAAGAGGUAACAACACUGACAACCAAACCUGGUCCAAAGGUUUCGACAAUUCCACAAGAAGUGUCCACCACUCAGGCUUCUACGCCUGUUACCACGGUGACUACAGUUCCAUCGGAAGUAACAACAUUGCCAACCGAAACUCCUUCUGUCACAACUACCCUGGCACCUGAAGGAACAACCGCUCAGGCACCUACAACUCCUGGUAAAGAGACCACUCUUGCACCAGAGGUAACAACACUGACAACAAAACCAACUCCAGAAUACACUACUAUGCCAGUUGUAGUGACCACCAGUCAGCUGCUUACAUCACCUGCUGGGGAGACCACAGUUUCACCAGAAGAAACAACAACCGAAACUCCUUCAGGCACAACUCCCCUGGCACCUGAAAGAACAACCACCCAAGCAAACACAACUCCUGGUAAAGAGACCACAGAGCCACAAGCGGAAACAACACUGACAACCAAACCUGUUCCAAACGUUACAACAAUGCCAUCAGAGGUUACCACCGCUCAGCUCACUACAGUUUCUACUGAAGAGACAACACCUUCACCAGAAGAAACGACGUUGCCAACCUCAACUCCUUCAGGCACAACUCCCCUGGCACCUGAAGAAACAACCACCCAAGCACAAACAACUCCUGGCCAAGAGACCACACAGCCACAAGAGGUAACAACACUGACAACCAAACCUGGUCCAAAGGUUUCGACAAUUCCACAAGAAGUGUCCACCACUCAGGCUUCUACGCCUGUUACCACGGUGACUACAGUUCCAUCGGAAGUAACAACAUUGCCAACCGAAACUCCUUCUGUCACAACUACCCUGGCACCUGAAGGAACAACCGCUCAGGCACCUACAACUCCUGGUAAAGAGACCACUCUUGCACCAGAGGUAACAACACUGACAACAAAACCAACUCCAGAAUACACUACUAUGCCAGUUGUAGUGACCACCAGUCAGCUGCUUACAUCACCUGCUGGGGAGACCACAGUUUCACCAGAAGAAACAACAACCGAAACUCCUUCAGGCACAACUCCCCUGGCACCUGAAAGAACAACCACCCAAGCAAACACAACUCCUGGUAAAGAGACCACAGAGCCACAAGCGGAAACAACACUGACAACCAAACCUGUUCCAAACGUUACAACAAUGCCAUCAGAGGUUACCACCGCUCAGCUCACUACAGUUUCUACUGAAGAGACAACACCUUCACCAGAAGAAACGACGUUGCCAACCUCAACUCCUUCAGGCACAACUCCCCUGGCACCUGAAGAAACAACCACCCAAGCAAAAACAACUCCUGGCCAAGAGACCACACAGCCACAAGAGGUAACAACACUGACAACCAAACCUGGUCCAAAGGUUUCGACAAUUCCACAAGAAGUGUCCACCACUCAGGCUUCUACGCCUGUUACCACGGUGACUACAGUUCCAUCGGAAGUAACAACAUUGCCAACCGAAACUCCUUCUGUCACAACUACCCUGGCACCUGAAGGAACAACCGCUCAGGCACCUACAACUCCUGGUAAAGAGACCACUCUUGCACCAGAGGUAACAACACUGACAACAAAACCAACUCCAGAAUACACUACUAUGCCAGUUGUAGUGACCACCAGUCAGCUGCUUACAUCACCUGCUGGGGAGACCACAGUUUCACCAGAAGAAACAACAACCGAAACUCCUUCAGGCACAACUCCCCUGGCACCUGAAAGAACAACCACCCAAGCAAACACAACUCCUGGUAAAGAGACCACAGAGCCACAAGCGGAAACAACACUGACAACCAAACCUGUUCCAAACGUUACAACAAUGCCAUCAGAGGUUACCACCGCUCAGCUCACUACAGUUUCUACUGAAGAGACAACACCUUCACCAGAAGAAACGACGUUGCCAACCUCAACUCCUUCAGGCACAACUCCCCUGGCACCUGAAGAAACAACCACCCAAGCAAAAACAACUCCUGGCCAAGAGACCACACAGCCACAAGAGGUAACAACACUGACAACCAAACCUGGUCCAAAGGUUUCGACAAUUCCACAAGAAGUGUCCACCACUCAGGCUUCUACACCUGUUACCACGGUGACUACAGUUCCAUCGGAAGUAACAACAUUGCCAACCGAAACUCCUUCUGUCACAACUACCCUGGCACCUGAAGGAACAACCGCUCAGGCACCUACAACUCCUGGUAAAGAGACCACUCUUGCACCAGAGGUAACAACACUGACAACAAAACCAACUCCAGAAUACACUACUAUGCCAGUUGUAGUGACCACCAGUCAGCUGCUUACAUCACCUGCUGGGGAGACCACAGUUUCACCAGAAGAAACAACAACCGAAACUCCUUCAGGCACAACUCCCCUGGCACCUGAAAGAACAACCACCCAAGCAAACACAACUCCUGGUAAAGAGACCACAGAGCCACAAGCGGAAACAACACUGACAACCAAACCUGUUCCAAACGUUACAACAAUGCCAUCAGAGGUUACCACCGCUCAGCUCACUACAGUUUCUACUGAAGAGACAACACCUUCACCAGAAGAAACGACGUUGCCAACCUCAACUCCUUCAGGCACAACUCCCCUGGCACCUGAAGAAACAACCACCCAAGCAAAAACAACUCCUGGCCAAGAGACCACACAGCCACAAGAGGUAACAACACUGACAACCAAACCUGGUCCAAAGGUUUCGACAAUUCCACAAGAAGUGUCCACCACUCAGGCUUCUACGCCUGUUACCACGGUGACUACAGUUCCAUCGGAAGUAACAACAUUGCCAACCGAAACUCCUUCUGUCACAACUACCCUGGCACCUGAAGGAACAACCGCUCAGGCACCUACAACUCCUGGUAAAGAGACCACUCUUGCACCAGAGGUAACAACACUGACAACAAAACCAACUCCAGAAUACACUACUAUGCCAGUUGUAGUGACCACCAGUCAGCUGCUUACAUCACCUGCUGGGGAGACCACAGUUUCACCAGAAGAAACAACAACCGAAACUCCUUCAGGCACAACUCCCCUGGCACCUGAAGGAACAACCACCCAAGCAAAAACAACUCCUGGUAAAGAGACCACACAGCCACAAGCGGAAACAACACUGACAACCAAACCUGUUCCAAACGUUACAACAAUGCCAUCAGAGGUUACCACCGCUCAGCUCACUACAGUUUCUACUGAAGAGACAACACCUUCACCAGAAGAAACGACGUUGCCAACCUCAACUCCUUCAGGCACAACUCCCCUGGCUCCUGAAGGAACAACCACCCAACCAAAAACAACUCCUGGCCAAGAGACCACACAGCCACAAGAGGUAACAACACUGACAACCAAACCUGGUCCAAAGGUUUCGACAAUUCCACAAGAAGUGUCCACCACUCAGGCUUCUACGCCUGUUACCACGGUGACUACAGUUCCAUCGGAAGUAACAACAUUGCCAACCGAAACUCCUUCUGUCACAACUACCCUGGCACCUGAAGGAACAACCGCUCAGACACCUACAACUCCUGGUGAAGAGACCACUCUUGCACCAGAGGUAACAACACUGACAACAAAACCAACUCCAGAAUACACUACUAUGCCAGUUGAAGUGACCACCAGUCAGCUGCUUACAUCACCUGCUGGGGAGACCACAGUUUCACCAGAAGAAACAACAACCGAAACUCCUUCAGGCACAACUCCCCUGGCACCUGAAAGAACAACCACCCAAGCAAACACAACUCCUGGUAAAGAGACCACAGAGCCACAAGCGGAAACAACACUGACAACCAAACCUGUUCCAAACGUUACAACAAUGCCAUCAGAGGUUACCACCGCUCAGCUCACUACAGUUUCUACUGAAGAGACAACACCUUCACCAGAAGAAACGACGUUGCCAACCUCAACUCCUUCAGGCACAACUCCCCUGGCACCUGAAGAAACAACCACCCAAGCACAAACAACUCCUGGCCAAGAGACCACACAGCCACAAGAGGUAACAACACUGACGACCAAACCUGGUCCAAAGGUUUCGACAAUUCCACAAGAAGUGUCCACCACUCAGGCUUCUACGCCUGUUACCACGGUGACUACAGUUCCAUCGGAAGUAACAACAUUGCCAACCGAAACUCCUUCUGUCACAACUACCCUGGCACCUGAAGGAACAACCGCUCAGGCACCUACAACUCCUGGUAAAGAGACCACUCUUGCACCAGAGGUAACAACACUGACAACAAAACCAACUCCAGAAUACACUACUAUGCCAGUUGUAGUGACCACCAGUCAGCUGCUUACAUCACCUGCUGGGGAGACCACAGUUUCACCAGAAGAAACAACAACCGAAACUCCUUCAGGCACAACUCCCCUGGCACCUGAAAGAACAACCACCCAAGCAAACACAACUCCUGGUAAAGAGACCACAGAGCCACAAGCGGAAACAACACUGACAACCAAACCUGUUCCAAACGUUACAACAAUGCCAUCAGAGGUUACCACCGCUCAGCUCACUACAGUUUCUACUGAAGAGACAACACCUUCACCAGAAGAAACGACGUUGCCAACCUCAACUUCUUCAGGCACAACUCCCCUGGCACCUGAAGAAACAACCACCCAAGCAAAAACAACUCCUGGCCAAGAGACCACACAGCCACAAGAGGUAACAACACUGACAACCAAACCUGGUCCAAAGGUUUCGACAAUUCCACAAGAAGUGUCCACCACUCAGGCUUCUACGCCUGUUACCACGGUGACUACAGUUCCAUCGGAAGUAACAACAUUGCCAACCGAAACUCCUUCUGUCACAACUACCCUGGCACCUGAAGGAACAACCGCUCAGGCACCUACAACUCCUGGUAAAGAGACCACUCUUGCACCAGAGGUAACAACACUGACAACAAAACCAACUCCAGAAUACACUACUAUGCCAGUUGUAGUGACCACCAGUCAGCUGCUUACAUCACCUGCUGGGGAGACCACAGUUUCACCAGAAGAAACAACAACCGAAACUCCUUCAGGCACAACUCCCCUGGCACCUGAAAGAACAACCACCCAAGCAAACACAACUCCUGGUAAAGAGACCACAGAGCCACAAGCGGAAACAACACUGACAACCAAACCUGUUCCAAACGUUACAACAAUGCCAUCAGAGGUUACCACCGCUCAGCUCACUACAGUUUCUACUGAAGAGACAACACCUUCACCAGAAGAAACGACAUUGCCAACCUCAACUCCUUCAGGCACAACUCCCCUGGCACCUGAAGAAACAACCACCCAAGCAAAAACAACUCCUGGCCAAGAGACCACACAGCCACAAGAGGUAACAACACUGACAACCAAACCUGGUCCAAAGGUUUCGACAAUUCCACAAGAAGUGUCCACCACUCAGGCUUCUACGCCUGUUACCACGGUGACUACAGUUCCAUCGGAAGUAACAACAUUGCCAACCGAAACUCCUUCUGUCACAACUACCCUGGCACCUGAAGGAACAACCGCUCAGGCACCUACAACUCCUGGUAAAGAGACCACUCUUGCACCAGAGGUAACAACACUGACAACAAAACCAACUCCAGAAUACACUACUAUGCCAGUUGAAGUGACCACCAGUCAGCUGCUUACAUCACCUGCUGGGGAGACCACAGUUUCACCAGAAGAAACAACAAUCGAAACUCCUUCAGGCACAACUCCCCUGGCACCUGAAGGAACAACCACCCAAGCAAAAACAACUCCUGGUAAAGAGACCACACAGCCACAAGCGGAAACAACACUGACAACCAAACCUGUUCCAAACGUUACAACAAUGCCAUCAGAGGUUACCACCGCUCAGCUCACUACAGUUUCUACUGAAGAGACAACACCUUCACCAGAAGAAACGACGUUGCCAACCUCAACUUCUUCAGGCACAACUCCCCUGGCACCUGAAGAAACAACCACCCAAGCAAAAACAACUCCUGGCCAAGAGACCACACAGCCACAAGAGGUAACAACACUGACAACCAAACCUGGUCCAAAGGUUUCGACAAUUCCACAAGAAGUGUCCACCACUCAGGCUUCUACGCCUGUUACCACGGUGACUACAGUUCCAUCGGAAGUAACAACAUUGCCAACCGAAACUCCUUCUGUCACAACUACCCUGGCACCUGAAGGAACAACCGCUCAGGCACCUACAACUCCUGGUAAAGAGACCACUCUUGCACCAGAGGUAACAACACUGACAACAAAACCAACUCCAGAAUACACUACUAUGCCAGUUGUAGUGACCACCAGUCAGCUGCUUACAUCACCUGCUGGGGAGACCACAGUUUCACCAGAAGAAACAACAACCGAAACUCCUUCAGGCACAACUCCCCUGGCACCUGAAAGAACAACCACCCAAGCAAACACAACUCCUGGUAAAGAGACCACAGAGCCACAAGCGGAAACAACACUGACAACCAAACCUGUUCCAAACGUUACAACAAUGCCAUCAGAGGUUACCACCGCUCAGCUCACUACAGUUUCUACUGAAGAGACAACACCUUCACCAGAAGAAACGACGUUGCCAACCUCAACUCCUUCAGGCACAACUCCCCUGGCACCUGAAGAAACAACCACCCAAGCAAAAACAACUCCUGGCCAAGAGACCACACAGCCACAAGAGGUAACAACACUGACAACCAAACCUGGUCCAAAGGUUUCGACAAUUCCACAAGAAGUGUCCACCACUCAGGCUUCUACGCCUGUUACCACGGUGACUGCAGUUCCAUCGGAAGUAACAACAUUGCCAACCGAAACUCCUUCUGUCACAACUACCCUGGCACCUGAAGGAACAACCGCUCAGGCACCUACAACUCCUGGUAAAGAGACCACUCUUGCACCAGAGGUAACAACACUGACAGCAAAACCAACUCCAGAAUACACUACUAUGCCAGUUGUAGUGACCACCAGUCAGCUGCUUACAUCACCUGCUGGGGAGACCACAGUUUCACCAGAAGAAACAACAACCGAAACUCCUUCAGGCACAACUCCCCUGGCACCUGAAAGAACAACCACCCAAGCAAACACAACUCCUGGUAAAGAGACCACAGAGCCACAAGCGGAAACAACACUGACAACCAAACCUGUUCCAAACGUUACAACAAUGCCAUCAGAGGUUACCACCGCUCAGCUCACUACAGUUUCUACUAUAGUGACCACACUUCAACCAGAAGAAACAACCAAACCUGUUCCGGCGUUCACAACCGUUAAACCUGUGGUGACAACCACUCAGCCCUCAAAAGAGACCACAAUUUCUAAAGAAGAAACAACACUUUCAACACAUGGACCAGUUGUAACCAAAGCUAAAACAACUGGUCCGGGUCCAUCAACUGCCAAGCAAGUGUCCCAAACUACUUCUCCAACACCAUCUGUGACAACAGAGCAAGUUUGUUGUUUAGUAAAUGGCACAAAUUAUUCACCAGGUGAAAUCAUUUAUAAUGAAACCGAUUCUUCUGGAUGGUGCUUUACUGCGUUCUGCAAUGCCAAAUGUGCUGUAGAGAAGUCGUCUUACUUCUGCAUGACAACACCGUCACCACUCACCACCACAGUAUACAGUACCACAGUGCUUGGUAGUACUCCGGUUACAACUCCAUUUGUGCCCUCUGUGACUACUCUUGCACCACAGUCAACGACCGCAGUGUCAUACUGCGGUAGCCUUAACCCACCAAGAAAGCCGAAUGAGACGUGGCAGGUUGGCUGUCAUACUUGCAAGUGUGAUGCUGAAAGCUCGAGCAUCAAGUGUGAGCCGGUGGUGUGUCCGACGCAGGAAACCCCCGUCUGUGACCAACCUGGUGAAGAGCUCUCUAAUGUAACGGUUGGCUGCUGUACCAGCUACGAGUGCACUUGUAAUGUACACAACUGUCCUACACCCAUGAUGAAGUGCUCUCUGGGAUUUAUACCCGAGGUACAAACACCAGCAGGAGGCUGCUGUCCUGAAUACACAUGCAAGCCCAUGAAGGUCUGUGCGGACAACAUGACAGGACAAGUGUAUCAGCCCGGCGCCCCCAUGCCCAGCGAGGAUAAAUGUGAGAAAUGCGUUUGUGGCUCAGAAAUGGAUCCUGCAACCAGCCUGAUGACUCCAGAGUGCACACCAAUCAUCUGCAAUACCAAAUGUGAAGAGGGUUAUGAGUACGAGCCGAUCCCCGGUGAGUGCUGCGGUCAGUGCGUCAGGGUGAGCUGUGUGGUCAUGGUCAAUAACGUCACCCACAUCGUUUUGAUGAAUGAAACCUACUCACCACCCGGCGAUAAGUGUGUGAAGUACACGUGCGAGGAGGUGAACGGCGAGCCCAUAGCGAAGGAGACCAAGAAGACGUGUCCCGUAUUCAACCCGGAGAACUGCGUCCCUGGAACCGAGACGACCGACUCUGACGGCUGCUGCAUGAGCUGUACACCAAAGAGCGACUGUUCCAUGAGCACCAACACGACCAAGCUGGUACACAAAGGCUGCGUGAGCGUGACCGAGGUGGAGGUCAAUUCCUGCUCCGGACGCUGCGGUACUUCAUCCAUGUACUCCGCCGAGGCCAACAUGAUAACGCACGAGUGCUCCUGUUGUCAGGAAGGAAAGACCAGUAAGAAGGAAGUGAACAUGAUUUGCCCCGACGGAUCCACGAGCGCGUUCACGUACAUCUACAUCGAAUCCUGCAGCUGCCAGGUGAUGGAAUGUCCAGAUAAGUCCGAGAGACGCAGGAGGAGACGGUGAACCCUGGACCCUCGUACCAGAACGCCACUGAGAGCACGAGGACGGACCGACACACAGCGAGACCUAACGAGACGUUUUUAAACCCCAGAUUUUUCUGUUAGCGUGUUUAGAGUUUUUUUUCUUUUCUUCUUUCUGAUGCUGCAAUAAUAACCAAAUAAACCACAGAGGAACUUUCAGAUAUAUUA